ACGACACGAGCGUAGAGAGGGAGCGAGAGGGUGGCGAUGGCUUCUUCUUCAGCAAAUCAGGGGGAGGGAGGGCCCCAGAUAUUCAUGGACAUCAGAAUCGGCGAUCGAAAGGUUGGUCGAAUGGUCUUCGAGCUGUACGCCAGCGUGGUGCCGCGAACCAGCGAGAACUUCCGCGCGCUGUGCACGGGGGAGCGGGGCGUCAGCAAGAAGACCAACCAACGGCUGCACUUCAAGGACUCGAUCUUCCACCGCAUCAUCCCGGGUUUCAUGGCCCAAGGAGGCGAUUUCACGAGGGGGGACGGGACCGGGGGAGAAUCAAUCUACGGGGACAAGUUUGCCGACGAGAAUUUCGUCCGCUCGCACGAGGGGCGAGGGCUGCUUUCGAUGGCCAACGCGGGGCCGCACACGAACGGGUCGCAGUUCUUCAUCACCUUCGGCACAGCGCCACAUCUCGAUGGCCGGCACACCGUCUUCGGCAAGAUAGUAGAGGGGAUGGAGGUGCUGGACAUUAUGGAGAAGGUGUCCACAGGCGGGAACGACCGACCACGGCUGGCGGUCACGAUCGAUGACUGUGGACAGGUGGGAGAGGUGGUGGAAGAUGACGAACAGGCGGGAGGGGUUUCCGGGCAAGUGGGACAGGCAGGGGCAGCGGGGGGGGAGGCUGACGCACGGCGGAGUACAGAAGAGGACGAAUCGGUUGCCCAGAAGGAAGAGGAGGAGGAAGAGGAGGAGGAGGAGGUGUUGGAGGAGCCAGACGAGGCGACACUGGGGAAGAUGAGCAGUGUGGAGCAGCGCUUGUUCAAGAUCCGUCUCAAGAUGAACAAGGGGAGACGGGCGAAUAAGAAGGCGGUGAAGGACGAGUACAAUCGGCUCAGCGACCCGGGAUACGCGGCCAAGAUGCGCACGAAGGAAAAAGAAGAGGCGAAGAAGAGAUGGGAAGCGGAGAUGAAAGAGAGGGGUUUGUCGAAAGAUGAGGCGUUUAUGAUGGAGACUGCACAGUCGGCGGAUAUCACCGCGCAGCAGAACAACAAGAAAGAGAAACACAAGGCCGCCUUCGGGUGGAAUGUGUUCAACCAAGACGCGCUCUUCAAGGGCUACAAGAAGCGGCUGGAUAAAUUGCCCAAGGCCAAGGCUGGCUCAGAAUCGGCUCGCAUGGAGGACACGGCCGAGUAUGGCACGAGGGAUGACGCAGAUUCUAAGGGGAUGCAACGCGUGGUGGACGAGCUUGUGGAGAAGGGGAAACGGAAAGAGGCGUUCAGCCGACGCAGGUCAGAGCACAGCGCGACGGACAUCGACUACAUCAACGACAGGAACAAGCACUUCAACAAGAAGAUCAAGCGCGCCUACGACAAGUACACGGUGGAGAUCCGCCAGAACCUCGAGAGAGGCACCGCGCUGUGAAACGGUCAACGGUUUCAUCAUGUUUCUUGCACGCGAUUUCCAGCGCACGUUUGGGUUUCCCAUGUAGGCAGGCGUCGUCUCACUGGGUUCUCGAGGCCUCGAGAAGAUCACGCGAGAGGUUUUGUCGCUGGCGGGGGACAUCAGGAAGAAGGCCACGUAAUAACUCAGGGUUUCCAAUCGGCCGUGCCUUGUCGGUGUGGGAAUGUCGGCAGAGUAAGUAUGGAGCGGAGGCGGGCGGUUAUACGGCAGCGGCGAGGCAAUACCCAUCACCGCAUUAAAAGGUCAUCCCAAGUAACACGUGGUUUGCGAUAUGGGAGGCAUUGCGUCCGGCAUGUUGUGUGGACGGACGGUGUAUCUCUGUGCGUUCAGCACGGCGGAGGGUCGACGCUUGAGCCCCGAGAAAGCAACCAACCAGCUGUUCUUGUAACGUGGUAAAAAAAAACAAAAAAAAAAAACAGCUGUUCUUGAAACGUGGUGACGGGGCCUUUCAUGUUGGCUGUCGGGAAUUGCAUAUGCUGCCGUAGAGUAUUAAGGUUGGGAACACCAACGACCAAACGUAAAGGACGCGGAGUCCCACGAG